UCAGUGUUAAACAUGAAUGACUUAUUUCCUAACUAACUGCCAGACAUUGUAUAACUUAUACAAAAAUUAGUACAUGUAUAAAUUGCUUCUUUACUAGCUACCAAACAAGCUCUGAUUGUUUUUUAUUGUAGUUGUUAGUCAACUAUUAUGUAAAAUAAUCAGACCUUUUGAAAUUUUCAGCUAUUGAUGUAGCCUCUUGUGGAUGCAGAUCUAGAAUCCUUAUUUUUUUAAUUAUUAUUAACCACCUAGCCCACCAACCUUGACCAUGGAAUAUAACUAAGUAGCCAGAUCAGUUAGACCAAAUAUUAAGUUUCCACACUGUCAUGCCACCACUCUACAUUGUUUUUUUCCCUUCUUAUCAUUUCUGUUUUCUUGAUUUCUCAUACAAAAUCAAUCAUCACUUCAAUGGAGAAAGUGAGUUUCAGAAUAGAAGUCCUCACCAGACACCUAAGUCAAAAAACAUCAACUCCCAAGUAUACAUUCCAAUCAGUCCCAUGUCUUAGCUACAAGCCACCUGAGCUUUCAGAACCAUCUGCUGUUUUCAACAUAAAAGAGAUGAGAAAGCUCGUGGAUGGUCACAAUUUGAAGGAAAGGGAGUGGCUUUUUGGUCUGAUGUUACAAAGCAAUCUUUUUAACCCAAUAGAAAGGGGUGGCAAAGUGUUUGUUUCCCAUGAUUACAGUCAGUCUAAGGAACAACAAAGGGAAAUUACCAUGAGGAGAAUUGAGUACCUUCUUGAACAUGGGGUUUUCAAGAAAUGGUUUACUGGUAAAGGGCCUGAAAAUGAGUGGAGGAAGUUAGCUUUCUCGGAUUGUGUUGGCGUCUUUGAUUAUUCACUGAGCAUCAAGCUUGGAGUCCAUUUGACCCUAUGGUCCCAACUAAGGGAGAAGUUAUCUAUUCUCGAGGCCUGAACUCGAGACGUAUGGUUGAGGGGGAGACAUUUGGUUAAGUGUGGCGUCCACUAAGAGAUAAGUUCUUCAUUCCCGAGAGUUGAACCCUUGGCCUAUGGUUAAGGGUUAGAAUUGUAGUUAAGACUUAAGAGGUUCUUCAUUUCUAAGACUUGGUAGAACCCGACUCUUGUGGUUAAGUGCAAAACUUUGGUUAAGUGUGAAGGGGGUCACCUCCAUCCCACCUCACCUCUUGAUGGUCCGAAUGAUAAAUUGCUAUAAUGGUUGUUGUUACUGUUUGUUUUUCACUCAAAUUAGUUGGGAUCAAAUAUAUGAAUCGGCUUUGUCUAUCUCAGAGAACUCAUAAUUCCACUCUUUUUUACUAUGGUUGUCAUAAGACAUUAUUAUUGAAUAGGAAUAAGAAAGAGUAUAAGUAGACAUUAAAUUUUCCUGUACGGACAUUCUUGAUUGCUUGAUUGAUUGGUUAAAGAAAGCUUACUUGGCAACUUUAGACCACCCGUCUGUGGAGGGUAGGAUGUACGCAAACCCUACCCCUGCCUUUGUGGGGUAGAUAGUUUGUUUCCGGUAGACCCUUGGCUCAAAACAAAAGUUUUUUAAGCAAGGAAAAUGCAAUAGAAAAAUAGCAAAAUAGCAAGAUACAAAGCAAAUGAAACAACAGACGGUACCACACAUUGAAAAAUAAGAAACAAAGCAAAUGCUAACUAGUACUACCACUACUAAUAGGAGGGGUAUUAUAUAAUUUUUUGAAUUAAUUUAAAUUGAAAAGUAUUAUAUAAAUUAGAAAGUCGUUUGUUUACAUUGAUGGGAUGUAU